CCCGUCUUCAUCCGGGGAGCACACAGAGCCAAGAGCGCAGAGCGCAUAGCAGCGCUCAGCAUGGGGAGUUGUGGAACAGCGCACAUUGGAAUGGAGCUGUCGCUGCUGUUUAUGUUCUCAAGCAGGGCGCCUUGCCCUACGAUGUACCCCUCCCUAGGGUCUGGAGAGCGUAGCCCCAUUCUGAGGAAGAGGCUCAGGAGGCGCGAGGUGGCUGAGCUCUGCGACCAUGAAGGUCAAAGUCAUCCCUGUGCUUGAGGACAACUACAUGUAUCUGGUCAUCGAGGAGCACACGCGGGAGGCUGUGGCCGUGGACGUGUCCGUGCCCAAAAGGGGACCACGCUCGUGGCAACGCGGAGCUGGUGAGACUGCAGCCUGGGCUGGUGGUGCUGGGCGCGGACGAGCGCAUCUGUGCACUGACCCGCAGGCUGGUGCAUGGCGAGGAGCUGCAGUUUGGAGCCAUCCAUGUGCGCUGCCUCCUAACCCCAGGCCACACCUCCGGCCACAUGAGCUACUUCCUUUGGGAAGACGAGUGUCUGGACCCACCUGCUGUUUUCUCAGGUUCGCACUGCCCUGCGCCCACCUGCCCCACCUCCCCUUGUCCCCUUCCACCUUCUCUGACCUGGCCAACUCUCCAGGGGAUGCACUGUCCGUGGCCGGCUGUGGCUCACGCCUGGAAAGCACAGCUCAGCAGAUGUACCAGAGCUUGGUGGAGACCCUGGGCACCCUGCCCCCUGAGACAAAGGUGUUCUGUGGUCAUGAGCACACGCUGGGCAAUCUCGAGUUUGCACAAAAAGUGGAGCCCUGCAACGAUCACGUGAGGGCCAAGCUGUCCUGGGCCAAGAAGAGGGAUGAGGAUGACGUGCCCACGGUGCCGUCGACCCUGGGCGAGGAACUUCUAUAUAACCCCUUCCUGAGGGUGGCAGAGGAGCCUGUGCGCAAGUUCACAGGGAAGGUGGCCCCAGCCGAGGUCCUGGAAGUGCUCUGCAGGGAGCGCGCGAGCUUUGAGAGGGCAGCUGAGCCGCUGCAGCCACAGGCCCGGGCACUCCUCGCACUGCAGUGGGGGCUUCUGAGCACGCCCCAACAGAAGUGAGCCCUGCACGGGCCAGGCCACACGUCCCUCCUCUCUCAACCUGUCUCAACCCUGCCCAGCCUCAGAGGGUGGGCAUUCUGGCACUUCCUGGCGGUGGACACCCAGACCCCUCUCUGGGCUACAGUGAGUUCCAAGACCUGGAUGUUUGGGAGGCAGCCUACUGGGGUGCACUGGGCUCCUGAACUUAUGAAUAAAGCUGUGAAAGGCC